ACUGCUGUGCCCAGUAGCGCCUGGGUGUGAAGUGUCUACAAUGGCUGUGUGCACUUCCUCUUUCUUAUCUUCUACUUCUUCUUCUUCAUGCCCCUCAUUGUGCUUUGGUUUCAAUCCUCUUUUCUUCUCCUCCGCAAGUCGUCGUCGUCGUUCUACUCUACCACUCUCCUGUUCUCGUCUCAGAGGUUAUCGCUUCUUCGCCAUUUCUGCGGAAGCAGAAAGCACUGCUAUCUUUAAUUCACCCGAAGUUGCAAAGUCAUUUGAUUUCAGUAAUGAAGAACGUAUAUAUAAAUGGUGGGAGUCUCAAGGAUAUUUCAAACCAAACAUUGUCAAAGGGAGUGAUCCUUUUGUCAUUCCGAUGCCACCACCUAAUGUUACCGGCUCGCUGCACAUGGGCCACGCUAUGUUUGUGACACUUGAGGAUAUCAUGAUACGAUAUAACCGUAUGAAGGGAAGACCUACCCUUUGGCUUCCUGGAACAGAUCAUGCUGGUAUUGCAACUCAGUUGGUUGUGGAGAGAAUGCUAGCUACAGAUGGAGUAAAAAGGGCUGAUUUGGGUAGAGAUGAGUUCACAAAACGAGUAUGGGAAUGGAAACAGAAGUAUGGUGGAACAAUUACUAACCAGAUAAAGAGACUUGGUGCUUCCUGUGAUUGGACCAGAGAACAUUUUACCCUUGAUGAACAGCUGAGUAGGGCUGUAGUUGAAGCAUUUAUAAGGCUUCAUGAAAAAGGGUUAAUAUAUCAGGGAUCUUAUAUGGUUAAUUGGUCUCCUAAUUUGCAGACUGCAGUUUCAGACUUGGAAGUAGAGUAUUCUGAAGAACCUGGUUCACUUUAUUACAUCAAGUAUCGUGUUGCUGGAGGUUCAAGGAGUGACUUUUUGACAAUUGCAACCACACGCCCAGAGACUUUAUUUGGUGAUACUGCCAUUGCUGUUAAUCCUCAGGAUGAACGUUAUGCUAAGUAUAUAGGAAAGCAGGCUAUUGUGCCAUUGACAUUUGGUCGCCAUGUGCCAAUUAUCUCUGAUAAGUAUGUCGACAAAGACUUUGGAACUGGUGUAUUGAAGAUAAGUCCUGGACAUGAUCACAAUGAUUACCUCCUCGCUCGCAAGCUUGGUCUUCCUAUACUUAAUGUGAUGAAUAAAGACGGGACUCUAAAUGAGGUGGCUGGGCUAUAUGCUGGCCUUGACCGGUUUGAGGCAAGAAAGAAACUUUGGUCAGAUCUCGAGGAGACGGGCUUGGCUGUAAAGAAAGAGACUCACACUUCACGAGUUCCUAGAUCCCAGCGUGGUGGAGAAAUUAUAGAACCUCUAGUUAGUAAGCAAUGGUUCGUCACAAUGGAGCCUCUGGCUGAGAGGGCACUUGAAGCAGUUUCAAAUGGAGAAUUGAAUAUUGUGCCCGAAAGAUUUGAGAAGAUAUAUAAGCACUGGCUCUCUAAUAUCAAGGAUUGGUGUAUAAGCAGACAAUUGUGGUGGGGACACCGAAUACCAGUUUGGUAUGUUUCUGGUAAAGACUGUGAAGAAGAAUAUAUUGUUGCUAGGAGUCACAGAGAAGCUCUCACAAAAGCCCAAGAGAAGUAUGGGAAAAAUGUCGAAAUAUAUCAGGAUCCAGAUGUUCUUGAUACCUGGUUUUCAAGUUCAUUGUGGCCCUUCAGCACACUUGGAUGGCCAGAUGAGUCAGCAGAGGAUUUUAAACGGUUUUAUCCAACAUCAGUUCUUGAAACUGGGCACGACAUACUGUUCUUUUGGGUGGCACGAAUGGUGAUGAUGGGAAUUGAGUUAACUGGGACUGUCCCCUUUUCAAAUGUUUAUCUUCAUGGACUAAUCCGUGAUUCUCAAGGCAGAAAAAUGUCUAAAACAUUGGGAAAUGUCAUAGAUCCCCUUGACACCAUUGCAGAGUAUGGCACUGAUGCUUUGCGUUUCACUCUUGCCUUAGGGACUGCUGGUCAGGAUCUAAAUUUGUCCACAGAGAGGUUGUCCUCUAACAAGGCAUUCACCAACAAAUUGUGGAAUGCUGGCAAGUUCGUAUUGCGGAAUUUGCCUCGUCAAGAUGACACUCCUGCUUGGGAAGCCUUACGGGUUCAUAAGUUUGAUAAUAUAGAGUCUGUGCUGAAGCUCCCACUACCUGAAUGCUGGGUGGUAUCAAAGCUUCAUGUACUUGUUGAUGAAGUCACUGCAAGUUAUGAGAAAUUUUUCUUUGGAGAUGUUGGAAGAGAAAUAUAUGACUUCUUUUGGUCUGAUUUUGCUGAUUGGUACAUUGAAGCUAGUAAAGCUCGUCUGUAUCACUCUGGAGAUCAUUCUGUUGCAUCUGUAUCACAAGCAGCUCUGCUAUACAUUUUUGAGAACAUUCUUAAAUUGCUACAUCCAUUUAUGCCUUUCGUAACUGAGGAGCUCUGGCAGGCAUUACCCAGUAGAGGGAAAGCUCUUAUAGUUUCUGCGUGGCCACCUACAUCACUUCCCAGGAAUAUUGAUUCCAUAAAAAAGUUUGAGAAUUUACAAGCAUUGACUAGAGCCAUCAGAAAUGUACGAGCAGAGUAUGCAGUUGAGCCAGCAAAGCUUAUUUCUGCAUCUAUCGUCGCAAAUCCAGAUGUCAUUCAGUAUAUCUCUGGAGAAAGAGAUGUCUUGGCUCUUCUUUCGAGACUGGAUUUGGGAAAUGUCAAUUUUGUGGAAUCUCCUCCAGGAGAUGCGAAUCAGUCUGUCCACAUUGUUGCGGGUGAAGGUCUGGAAGCUUAUCUUCCUCUAUCAGAUAUGGUGGACAUCUCUGCUGAAGUGCAGCGUCUCUCUAAGCGCCUUGUCAAGUUGCAAGCGGAAUAUGAUGGACUGAUGGCUCGUUUGAGUUCUCCAAGUUUUGUAGAGAAAGCUCCUGAGGAUAUUGUUCGUGGUGUCCGAGAAAAAGCAGCAGAGGCAGAAGAGAAGUUAACUCUAACUAGAAACCGCCAUAAUUUCCUCAAGUCAAAAGUUUUGAUUGCGAAUUAGUUUCAUUCCAACGAUCCUCAUCACCACUUUCCAUAAUUCAACCAACUAGAGCUCGACCAGCU